UGCAUCACGUGGUCUUAGUCCGUACAAAUAACUCGCAGUAGAGUUUUCCAGUAGAGAACGAAUCGGAGCUCUGUUAUAUCAGCAAUUAUCAGCGACAGUAACUAUCUUCAGAUACUAAGAAUAGGAGAGAGAGACUUGGACCAUCCGGGAAGUAAGGAAUUGCUUUUUCUCGUAAACUUUUAUUCCCAAAGACAUUUUGGACAUCUUUGUGGGAGCCACAGUCACUUUCGUUGGGUCUAUCUGAGUGAAGUUUGCCCACAGAGCUGCUCAAGCUGCUCCUCUGAAAAACAGACUAUCACCCGACCGUCCUUAUCUGGAGUGGAUUUGUUAAUUAUCCGGCGACUGGAUAACGAAAAACCGCCGACAACUCGCCGAAGUGUCUUUACGUGACCCGCUUUGUCCCAGGAGUCAAUACCCAUAUUCUCCCAAAUAGGACGAGUAUACGGUGUCAGAAUGUACCAAAGCCUUGCUUUGUCAUCCAACCAGUCCCCAUAUGCACACGAUGCAGGGAACUAUAUGCACCCUUCGGCGAGUUCCCCCGUGUACGUGCCCACUACGAGGGUGCCUGCUAUGCUGCAAACCCUGCCGUACUUGCAGACAUGCGAGUCCACCCAUCAGUCCCAUGGCCUCGGCGGGCAUCAUGGCUGGCCUCAGACUGGCACAGACAGUUCGUCCUUCAACCCGGGCAGCCCCCAUCCGCACCCCGGGUUCUCCUACUCUCACAGCCCGCCAGUAAGCAGCAAUACAGGCAGGGACACAACCUACCAAAACCCGCUUGUGCUCAGUAACGGUGGUCGGGCCGACCAGUAUGGCAGCGCUUUGGUACGGUCUGUUGGAGGAUCAUACUCGAGUCCCUACGCCUACAUGAGCCCUGAGAUGGCAACCUCUUGGACACCAGGCCACUUUGAGAGCGGCAUGAUCAGUCUUCAGGGACGGCAAGGUUGCCUGUCUGGGAGAAGGUCCAGUUUGGACAUGUUGGAGGAGUUCCCGGGAGAGGGUCGUGAGUGUGUAAACUGCGGCUCCAUCUCCACUCCUUUGUGGCGACGAGACGGUACCGGGCACUACCUGUGCAAUGCCUGCGGCCUGUACCACAAGAUGAACGGAAUCAACAGGCCACUCAUCAAACCACAGAAACGCCUGCAGACCACAUCUCGCCGGGCCGGCCUGUGCUGCACUAACUGCCUCACCAGCACAACUACGCUGUGGCGUCGCAACGCAGAGGGAGAGCCUGUCUGCAACGCCUGUGGCCUGUACAUGAAACUGCAUGGGGUCCCCAGACCACUGGCCAUGAAGAAGGAAAGCAUUCAGACCAGGAAACGGAAACCUAAGAUGCCCAAGUCCAAACCCUCAACAGGAGGGUUGUCAGCCUCAGGCACCAACUCACCGUCCUCCUUGUCUGUCUCGGAACAUGCAUCUACGAUAAAGAGUGAACCCAACAUGGCCCCCUCACCCUACGCUGGACAGACCGUAGCCUCUGUGUCUCAGGCUUCAUCACAUCUGGACAGUUCAGGACAUGUCGACAUCAAAUAUGAGAACUACCCCUUUACGCCCACGUCCGUCGUCCCACAGAACUCCUGGUGUGCUCUGUCUCAGGCAUGAGCUCGACCACAGCUCACCGUGUCCUGAUUCUGGAACCAGCGCAGCUCACCGUGUCCUGAUUCUGGAACCAGCUCAGCUCGCCGUGUCCUGAUUCUGGAACCAGCUCAGCUCACCGUGUCCUGAUUCUGGAACCAGCUCAGCUCACCGUGUCCUGAUUCUGGAACCAGCUCAGCUCACCGUGUCCUGAUUCUGGAACCAGCUCAGCUCACCGUGUCCUGAUUCUGGAACCAGCUCAGCUCACCGUGUCCUGAUUCUGGAACCAGCUCAGCUCACUGUGGAUAAUAUAGACUUGUGACACGAACUACCUAUUAUAGACUUACUCUCUUUCCCAUGUGGCUGGAGGGAAGAAAAACCAGAAGGAAGCGACGGCAAUCAAGUGGAAUGUAUAGAAAUAACUUUUUUUAACUGCCGACUAUCAACACUAUUUCUAGUUGUAGUUUUUGUUGUGGUUGUCUUUGUUGUUGUUGUCAUUAAUGACAUUUUUCUAAAUAGCACCAUCACAGUUUCACGUGGUAUUUCAGUCAAUAACCAGGAACAGUUCAACAAGUUAUCACGGAGUGUUAUUCACACAUCCAGAAGGACAAAACACGCAAGUGUUUUAUUACCUCUGAAUAUGUUUCAUUACUAGCGUGUCGAUGAUUAACUUCUAUAUACAUUAUUUAUGUUAAGAUAAGAAGAGUCAAGAAACUCCAAAGCCAACAUGUCAUAUCCCAGAAGUCCAUUCCCUUCUAAGAAUGCCUUGUGUGUUCAAGGUAUGAAAUCUAAAAUAGAAAGUAUACAUUUACAUGUGCUUCCUAUGUAAUGAUUUGCAUAGUUGUUCAUUGGACAAACGAUGCAUACAUUUACACAGAUACUGUAUAUACUGUAUAUGUUAUCAGAUAUGUUGAAAGUGCAUAAAUACUUUUUUAUUUUAGAUGUCAUAAUUGCAUACUUGAAUUCGUUUUCAUUUUUUUCCAAGACCCCUGUUCUAUUAGUUCAGCUUUUGACAAUGUAUUGUCUGAUCAUUUAAAGUGCAAUGACUUAAUUUAAAAAAAUAAAAAUAAAGACAAAGAAAAAUACUUUUAUUUUAAUUAUUUUGAAUACGUUAAUCUAAUUUUAUUUGCUGUGUUUUUGUUGAAAUAUAAGGGAAUUUUAUUGUUGCUUUAUAACCUAAAAUUGUUUAGAAACUUGAGUCUACUUUAGUUGUAUAACCAAGUCUGAUAGUCUCGUUGGUUUUGCAAUGCUCUUUGAAAUCUGUUUAGUUUAAUAAACCGAUCAAUUAAU